AUGAAAACUCUUACAUCGGGUUUUCAUUUCCACCUAUGUAAAAUAUCCCAAACCCAUAUUUCCCAAAUUCACAAUAUUUCAAUAUUUCCACCGUACAAACUCUCCUUGCCGCCGUUUCACUAUUUCCACUGUCCGCAUACGCCAUUUCCGUUCAGUACCCUUACGACCACCACCAAAACCGCAACUCUCCCUCCCGGCCCACUCCACAUCCCCAUCCUCACAAGCCUCCUAUGGCUCCGAAAAUCCUUCUCCCAACUCGAACCUUUUCUCAAAACCCUUCACGCCAAACACGGUCCCAUCAUCGCUCUCAAAAUCGGUUCUCGACCUUCCGUUUUCUUCGCCGACCAUUCUCUCGCUCACCACGCUCUCGUUCAUAACUCGUCAAUCUUCUCCGAUCGCCCUAAAGCACUUCCCACCGGAAAGCUCAUGUCCAGCAACCAGCACAAUAUCAGUUCCGCUUCUUAUGGUGCCACGUGGAGAACCCUCCGCCGUAACCUGGCCUCCGAGAUGCUCCAUCCGGCGAAAGUCAAAUCUUUCUCAGAAAUUCGGAACUGGGUCCUUGACACUCUCAUCAACCGUCUCAAAAUGGCUUCGGAGUCUGAAUCCUUUAUGGCAUAUUCAACUGUUGGAACUCUUGACUACAUGGCUCCUAAAGUUUUGCUCAAGAAGGGGUAUGUAAUAGAGUGUGAUUGGUGGUCUCUUGGGGCAAUCAUGUAUGAGAUGCUUGUUGGAUAUCCUCCAUUCUGUUCUGAUGAUCCAAGGAUGACCUGCCGGAAGAUUGUGAAUUGGAAAGCAUGCCUGAAAUUCCCCGAAGAACCCAAGAUAUCAGCUGAAGCUAGGGAUCUCAUAUGUAGCUUAUUAUGUGAUGUUGACACAAGACUAGGAACAAGGGGAGUAGACGAAAUAAAGAUACUAGAUCUUCUAAAGUACGUGCUUUGGUUUCCACAAGCAGCUGAAGCUAUAAGCCAAGGUUUAUUGUGUAAUAAUUAUGGUCUGGUUUAG